GCCACUUCUUGCACUCUGGUGGCUUCCAUUCUCUUGAUCAUGAUUUCGUUUGUGUCUGCCAUGGAGGGCGGACACGCUGACGUCGAGAGGAACCAUUCCAUGGAGCUUCAUCCACGGGCAUGGAGUCGCUUCCUUGCUCAGGGUGGGAACAAGGGCGGUCCUUGCGUUCCGGGUAAGGCAAAUGCAUGUUCGGGUAUCCCUGCUAACUACGGCACGCAGCUCCUCCACUGCUGCCAGAAGCGGUGCUGCGACGUGCUCAACGACAACGCUAACUGCGGGACCUGCAACAAGAGGUGCGGGUCUGCGCAGUCGUGCUGCCAUGGCAAGUGUGCCGCGACGGCCAACGACCCUCGGAACUGCGGGGCGUGCGGCAACAAGUGCGGCUCCGGGCAGCUGUGCUGCAGUGGAAAGUGUGCCGUGGUGAGCUCCGACCAGCACAACUGUGGGGCGUGCAGCAAGAGGUGCGGGUCCGGGCAAGUGUGCUGCGAGGGCAAGUGCAUCACGACGGCCUCGGACAAUAAGAACUGCGGUGCGCGCGGCAAGAGUUGCAGCAGAGCAGGGCAAGUCUGCUGCAAUGGCAAGUGCACCUUGGUGGCCUCCGACGCCCAAAACUGCGGGGCGUGCGGCAAUCGCUGCGGCUCGGGGCAAUCGUGCUGCAACGGCAGCUGCACCGCUGUCACCAACGACGCCAACAACUGCGGCGCCUGCGGCAAGCGGUGCGGAUCCGGGCAUCUGUGCUGCGGCGGCAAGUGUGCCGCCGCCGGUUCCCAGAACUGCGGGGCGUGCGGCAACAGGUGCUCGGCGGGGCAGUCGUGCUGCAACGGCAGCUGCACCACUGUCACCAACGACGCUAAGAACUGCGGCGCCUGCGGCAAGAGGUGCGGAUCCGGGCAGCUGUGCUGCGGCGGCAAGUGUGCCGCCGCCGAUUCCCAGAACUGCGGGGCGUGCGGCCGCAGGUGCGGCUACUGGCAGCUCUGCUGCCAGGGCACGUGCACCAACGUGGCCAGCGACGACCGCAACUGCGGCCAGUGCGGCAAGGUUUGCAGGAACAACGACAGGUGCGAGUACGGCAUCUGUGGGUAUGCUUGAUCUUUGUCGAAUUGCGUGGGCAGGGAGGAUUGCAAGCGAGCUGUUUGUUGAAUUGUUUCCAUUAACUUGCCUUCUGCGGAAGUGCUUCUUCUUCGAGAAUACGGUGGUCUCAUAGCAUGAGGUCAAGGCACUCAAAGAUUACAGUUUCAAUCGAAUACUGGUUAUCGUAAGAAACGGGUGAAGUGCUUCUUCUUCGGUU